AGCCAAAUUAUUUUGGUUUUCAAACAUUUACUGCAUCUCUAAUUUGGAUUAAUUCUAAAAUAGACAGACAGUCUACUACAUUUGAAUGACUUGGUAGAAGUAAAUGAUGAAGGUGAAGAACGCAGUGAAAUGAAGGAUGAACCUCAGGACCACAAUUUUAUGACUGACAGCUGCUCAGAAACUGAUGAGACUUCCCCUCAAGAAAGAGUUGAUGCCAAAAUUGUUUUUGAAUGCCAUCUUUGUGGUAAGACUUUCUUACAAAAAGCGUACCUCAAGUAUCACCAAAGGAUUCACACUGGUGAGAGGCCUUACGCAUGCUCCCACUGUGAAAAGACUUUCAUCCAUAAAAGCCAUCUUAAUAAUCACAUAAUAAAUCACACUGGUGAGAAACCCCACGCAUGCUCCCAGUGUGAGAAGACUUUCCUCCAAAAAUAUCAACUUAAGUACCACAUGAUGAUUCACACAGGUGAGAGGCCUUUUGCCUGUCCUCAUUGUGAUAAAUGUUAUAAUAAUAAAGGAAGUCUUAAUGUUCACAUAAAGACUCACAGUACUGAAAGGCCGUACAUCUGCCCUCAAUGUGGAAAGAGUUUCAUAUUAAAAGGAACUCUUAAGAGUCAUAUGAUAACUCACACUGGCGCAAAGCCUUUCUCUUGCUCUCAUUGUGGAAAGAGUUUUUUACGUAAGGGACACUUAAAUGCUCAUUGGAGAACCCACACUCGUGAAAAGCCGUACACCUGCUCUCAUUGUGGAAAGAGUUUCUCAUUUAAAUCGAAUCUACAGGAGCACAUACGAAUUCACACUGGAGAGAAACGUUUCACAUGCCCUCAGUGUGAUAAGAGCUUUAAACAACAAGUAGAUCUUAGACGUCACAUACGAAUUCAUACAGGUGAGAAACCUUUCGCGUGCCAUCUGUGUGAUAAGAGUUUUACACAAAAAGAAAGUCUUGGGUAUCACAUACGAGUUCAUACAGGUGAGAAGCCGUACUCGUGCCAUCUGUGUGAUAAGAGUUACAUACAAGCAGAAGGUCUCAAAGUUCAUCUGCGCUUUCACUUGAAGGAAAGGCCGUUUAGCUGCGAUCAGUGCGAUAAGAAGUUUGUUACAGCAAGGCAGCUGAAAAGGCACCUACCGAUUCAUUCAGAUGAGAGGCCGUAUUUGUGUUCUGUUUGUGGGAAGGGGUUUAUAUGUGUCGGGACUCGUAAUAGGCACCAGAAGGAACAUGAAGGUGGAAGAAAUCACGUGUGCUCUGAGUGUGGAAAAGCUUUUAUGAGCAUCUCAACCCUAAGGCGUCACCAAAAGAUCCAUAAAGGAAAAGCCUAAAACCCAUACAGAGAAAACUGCUGUCUGCAAAGAUCAACUUCAGUCUUCAGGUCUAAGCACAAUGAAAUGCUGCAAAACUUUAAUAAGUAGUAUGAACUGCCAGGUAAAACAUACAUUUCCAAAACACCAAAUCCAAAUUUAGGGAAGGAUGCUAUUGUGGUCCAGUACUAAUAUAACCUUAGUAGGAUUGGCUACAAAUAAAGGCCUGUUCUGGUAUAGUCAGUUUAUUUUUUCAGACAUUUUAUUAUGUAUAUUUCUUAUGAAGAAUUUUCAGUUUUUGAAAGAUAUAUUCAUUUAAUUAAUAUUUACUACCAGGUAAACCUUGCAAAAGGUUUAAUUUAAAUAAUUAUUUCAUGAACAACCAAAAAAAUUUGAUUUUUGUCAAGCAAUAAAACAAACAAUUAAUCGUCAUAAUUGCUAAAGUCUUAAAACAGGCAAUUAAUCGUCAUAACCGGCACAAUUUAUUAGACAAUUAACCAUCAGACAAAGUUCAUAAUCGUGACAGUCCUAACUCUGCUAAGAAUAAAUAACAACAAAGUCUUUUUAAAAUAGUUUAUUUAUAUAACAAGCUAAAUAAACAACACGUAGAUUACAUAGGAAACCAAAACAUUUGUUAUUUCCGACGAGGUAUUUGUUCAAGAGUUCAGUUUAGAAACUAGUCAGACCAUUAAACCAACUAAAAUCGGAAGUAAAAUUCUAACCAGACUAGGGAUGCUAAACAAUGAAUCGCGAUUAAUCGUUAGCAGAAUAAAAGUUUUUGUUUACAUCACAUAUGUGUAUAUGUAUAUAUAUAAAUAUGAACACAUUCAUGUAUAAUUUUAAGAAAAAUAUUAAAUAAAUUAUACAUAAAUAUACAAAUGUAUAUACACAUGUUAACAUUUCUAAAACAUAUACAUGAAUGUGUGUACAUUUAUUUAUACAAAGUUAUUAUACACAGUUCACACACAUAUAUGAUGUAAACAAAAACUUUUUUUCUACUAACAAUUAAUCGCGAUUAAUCGUUAAGCAUCCCUAGACCAGACGCAUAAUCGCAUCACCGCACAUGCGUCCGAUGAUACUGUCUGUCACUUUUUUUUUUUUUUUGACAGUUUUUGCCUUUAUUAGACAGUGAGGUUAGGGGAGGAGAGAGGAGUACGGGAUCGGCAAAUGACCACGAGCCGGGAAUCGAACUCGGGUCGCCAAAAGCACCACAUGUCGGAGCGCUACCCACUACACCAUCGGCUCCAACCCGAUGAUACUGUCUAUAGCGCAUAUGAGCAGCUCAUGUUGGCCAAAGUGCUUUCAAUAAAACAGCAUAUAACCAAAUGGCAAAAACAUAAAAAAAAUCCCAACGGUUAGUUUUAUUAAAGGGAAAAUAAGUAGGAUUUACCCUCAUCUAGUGGUGAAAUUGUAUUUUGCAUUCAAACGAACAGUGCUCUCUAGCGCCUCGCCUUUCCAAAUGCGUGUUGCAACUACAGUAGCCUUUAUGUUAUCGCUGAUCUCCUUGUCCGUUGCAGCUGGUUCACGUGUUCUGAAUGAAAACGCAUUGUGGAAACGCGUUGAUAGGCUAGUGCUUUUUGUCCCUCUCUGCUAUUAUAGUUUAUCAAUACGGUGGAACGAUAUGGAAGCCUCCUCUGACUUACCCGUUCAAUGUAAGAAUGCAAGAAAUUCUAAGCUUACAAAGAAAAGUCAGAUCACUGGCAGAGGUCAUUUGACACCAAUGAGGACAUAUUUAUGAAUAAAGACAUUGAUUUUGAUUAAUUAAACACUUAAAACCCUACUUACUGUCCCUUUAACCAUUGUACCACUAUUAAAUCCAGUGUGGAGAUGAGCAGGACCUUGCAUGGCAAUCCAGAUUUAUUUUUCGUUAAAUAACAUCAUUAAAUACAGCAACAAUAGCAGAGCUAACAUUGUGAUCAGUGGCCCUUGGCUUUGUAUUGUUGGCGAUAUUUGGCCUAUGGUGAAAACUAAUUGAGGAACCCUGAUUUGCAGUAUUUUGUUUAAAUGGAGUGAAUUUUUUAUGUAUAGAUACUUUUAAAUAAACAUAAAACAUG